AAUCACUGAGGCAUAUGAAGAACGCAUUUUUGUUAAUUUUUUCUAUUCUUGUUGUUAUUACAAAAGCUUAUAAUAAUCAAUGUAAUGAUAAUAUUGUUGAUUACUGGGGACAAAACUCUUAUGGCGCUGCUAAUAUGAAUGAUGUAUCUGGCUGGCAACAACCAUUAAAAUUCUAUUGUGAUGACGACACUAUUGAUGUUUUUCCCAUUGCAUUCUUAACUCAUUUUACCGGUGUAGGCGGCAAACCUCAAAUCAACUUGGCAAAUUAUUGUAAUAGUGUUGACAACGGAACUUUUCCAGGAACCAAUUUAGCUAAAUGUCAAAAUAUCGCAUCUGAUAUUAAAUAUUGUCAAAGUAAAGGUAAAUUAGUUACCUUAUCUUUUGGUGGAGCUACUGCUGGUGUAGGAUUUCAAUCAGAUAAUCAAGCCUCUGACUUUGCUGACACCAUUUGGAAUCUUUUUCUUGGUGGUAAUUCUGAUAGUCGUCCAUUUGGCAACGCUAUUCUUGACGGUAUCGAUCUCGACAUUGAGGGUGGUGGACCUAACCAUUAUGUAACCUUCCUUAAUAAAUUGAAUUCCUAUUUUAAGUCUUCUAGUAAAAAAUAUUAUGUAACGGCUGCUCCUCAGUGUGUAUACCCUGAUGCCAAUCUUCAGAUUACUUUAAAUGGAUACCCAUUUGAUGCUGUUUAUGUUCAAUUUUACAACAAUCCUUGUGGGCUUCAGAACUUCAAUACACCAUCACAAUGGAACUUUGGUAUAUGGGAUCUAUGGGCUCGCACUAUCUCUCCUAACCCUGAUGUUAAAAUAUACAUUGGUGCCCCUGCCAGUAGUUCUGCUGCAGGUGGAGGAUAUGUUUCUGCUGACACACUUGCUAGUAUUGCUAUCAAGACUCGAGAUAGUUUUCCUAGUUUUGGGGGUGUUAUGUUCUGGGAUGCUUCUCAAGCUUACAUGAAUAAUCGCAUUGAUUCUGCUUUAAAGAAUGCUCUUAAAUCAGGAAGGAGAUGUAAUAAUAACUUCAUAUAUCCAGCAUGCACUGCACCAGUCUGGAUGUCUGGAAAUAACUAUCCUAGUGGAAGUCGAGUUUCUUACAAUGGCUAUAUGUGGGUUGCUAAAUGGUUUGCUAGCUCAGCACCCUCUAGUGAUGUAAAUGGUGAUUGGUCUCCAGUAAGCGCAUGCUCUAGUAAUGGAGGAGAUGUGACUACAACUACAAAGACGAUUGUUACUACAACUACUAGUAAUAAACCUUCAACAACAACAACAACAACAACUACUACUACUACUACUACUACUACUACCGCCAAGACAACCACUAGUACAACUAGCAUUGCUACUCCUACUAAUGGUUGCUCUGGUGUUAGUUCAUGGUCUCCCACUACGACUUACACUGCAAAUGAUAAAGUUAUCUACCAAGGCUCAGUCUGGAAAGCUAAGUGGUGGACAUAUAAUGAUACUCCUGGAGGUUCGAAUAUAGUUUGGGAGAAAUUAGGUGUCUGUUCUACUACUCUGUCUUCUAGGUCUUUACAAAUUCCAAUUCAUAAUAGUAACUGUACACAUUAUUUAAGAUGGAAUAGUGCUCGAACCUAUAUUACUGGUUCCAAAGUUGUUUAUAGGGGUUCUAUGUACACUGCUACACGUUCAACUACUAAUGAACUUCCUAAUAGUUAUUCCAAAGCUUGGAAAAAGGAUUUUGAAUGCUCGAAAAAGGAAAAAUAAUCUUGCAAAAAAAAAAAAAAAAA